GGAGCCGACCCCAGCCUGGCAUCUGUAGCCUGAGUGUCGCUGAGAGACAAUGGGGCCAGCAGCUGGGGCUGCUGAGAGCCAAGUGCCGCUGCAGGGGAGAGCUAAUAGCGAUGGACACCAGAAGACUGGCGCGGAGCCAGAACCUCGUCGUAACUGCACAAGACGCACAGUCGCCCUCACAGUCAUCCUCGCAAUUGUGUCCUCAGCUUUUAUCAUCGCUACUGUCCUGGCAGUGCAGAGAUAUAAGCUUCCUUCAGCUGAUCUGAGCCCCCCUGCUGUGAUCUGCUGCCCGGAUGACUGGGUUGGUUACCGAGGGAAAUGCUACUAUUUCUCAGAGACUGAAGGGAACUGGAACUACAGCCUGACGAACUGCUCUGCACUCAGCGCCUCCCUGGCCGGGAUCGACAGUGAGCAGGACAUGGCUUUCUUGCUGCGCUAUAAAGGCAAACCCGACCACUGGAUCGGCCUCUGGAGGGACCUGGGGCAGCCCUGGAAAUGGGCCAAUGGCACCGAAUUCAACAAUACGUUUGUGAUAAGAGGAGGAGGAGACUGUGCGUAUCUGAAUGAUGAGAAAGGGGUCAGCAGCUCACGGUGCACCAAUGAGAGACACUGGAUCUGCACCAAACCCGAUGUGUUUACACAGGCAAAGGAGGAUGAGGUGGAAGGGGCUGAUAACAAGAGUGUUGUGGAAAUUAGCCCUGGAAAAGCCUGACUGUGAUCUCUGUGACCAUCACAUCGGACCAAUUCCGGAAUAUCAGGGAAUGCUCUGAGCAUCACUGGGCAGAGCACUGUUGAUUUUGGUGAAACACAGAAACACUAUCUGCACCUCCUUGUUCCCUCACCAAUGUUCCCUCUAAUUUUUUACACCCAUGUGUGGAAUGAAUUUUGUUAUGUGCACCACUAUGGAGGUGAUGUAUGGCAGGGGUGAGGUGGAGGGGUUCGGAGUGUGGGAGGGGGCUAAAGGCUGGGGCAGAGGGUUGGGGUGAGGAUGCUGGGGUGGGGCUGGGAUGAGGGGUUUGGGGUGCAGGCUGCCAUGGGGCUAUGGCAUAGAGGACUACCCCAACCUUCUCUCGCCACAGCCCUGCACAUCCCCUACCUCUCUCUUCUCCAGGGCCAGGCCCCUGUGGCGGUGUGCCUGAGCAGCCCUUGAUAGCCUGCUGCGUGGCCGUGCAGCUUAGAGGGAACUUAGCUCCCCACCCCUGCCACCUCUUUUGCCUGUCAGUGAAACUGCUCUAGUCCAGCCUUUUCAACCCUACCUCAGCUGGGCCAGGGACUCUGCCUACCCGAGGAAAAGAGCCAAGACACCAGCCUCAACUUUCACCAGCUUCAAUGUUCCCCCACUAGAGCUUUUCACUGGAGAUAAUUCUCUAUGGAAUCUUUUAAAUUAUGGACUAGAGCUGAGUGGGGAACAUUCCCCCUCUCCGACAAAAAUUCUUGUUAAGAUGUUUCUUGUGGGUCAGUUUUGUGAUGUGUUGAAAAUCGGAUUGAUUUUAAAGUGAGCAUGCUACACCACCA